CAAGGAUUCUAGCUUCCAGCUAAUCGACUCUCCAGCUCAACAUGGCAUCAAACGAAGACAAAUCCCAACACCUCUUCGAGGAAUUUGCAGACCAGGCUAUAGUCCAGAUACCGUCGAACAUCCUCACUCAGCUCGUCACCUCCGUGAACAAGCUCAAGGCAGAUGUAUCAACUCUGCGACAUGAGAACAGCUCUCUUGUCAAUCAAGUGCAAGAUCUUAGAGAUGAAUUACGAGGUGUCACCCACUCUCCGUUUUCUAAGCUUCCUCGCGAGAUCCGCAGAUUGAUAUGGAAAUUUGCGAUGAUGGCUCCCCAAGUGCAUAUCAUAGGAUCACCAAGCCACAAACAGAGCCGAGUCAAUAUCGUCAUGCAAGCUUGCAAAGAAGCACGGGAGGAGGGCUUGCGGUUGAAGCUCCCUUAUUAUCGAUACACUUGUGGCGCCCCUCGUGGUGUCCUCACAUCUCUCGAGUAUUAUGUGAACUGGGACGUAGAUACGUUUUGGGUUCCCGAUAUCCAGUUGCCAGUGGAGAUAGUCUGUUCCCGCUGUGAGCCGGUGUGGAACGAGUCGCCUUUGAGCCCAUGUGCGCAACCAAGGCUCAUCCAUCACUGUUUAUGCCGACCAAAACACGGGCUUUACGCACUCGCGAUGAACGCCUCCAGAUGGGGCGAACCUGGACAAACAGAUUUCUUCACAGGAAGAGCUAUACAUACGCCAGUGGCAGACCUCGCAAACUAUUACAGUAUCCAGAAGCUAUACAUUGUAAUAAACUAUACUGAGCCUCUCACUUGCAGAAACAUCGCGUUUGUGGAACCCACGAAGCAAGGUCCUACACUCGGUGAGGAUGUCUCAACCACGACUUGGCAUGCAAUGGCCGAAGAGAAAAUGGCGCUCUUAGAGGCCUAUAAAGCACGCAAAAUACUCGAAAGACAGGCCAAGCUAGACGCCGGUGAGCGGGUAUAUAGCUUCGACGAUUUCGCCAAUUGGAAAGUUCCCUCUAUAGAGUAUGUGGAACAUGCACCUGCAUAGGAAGGGAAAUGAAGGACAGAAGAACAUGAAAAGUAUUGCUUGAGACAACAGCAUGAAAAAAAGAAUGCCACGAUCUAGGACUUUCUGUAGUUUUCUCUCUCAUAUGGCUCAUGAAUGGCACGCCGAUCUAUGUGCAUCAAGUGAAUCCCCAGCCUGUGAACGUCGUGCAUCUCAGCACAAAUCCGACACCAAAUACAUAAACACAUUUUAUUCCUCCUCACUCUCAUCACUCUCAUUCGCAUCCAGCGCCUUUUCCAAUUCUGCUUCUAAUUCAUCCUCAAUAUCCUCAUCACUCAUACCCCCAACAUUGCCUGCUGGACUAGGUAAUUUCAAAUGAUCCACAUCUUGAUUCCUC